GUGAGGUGUGCGGCAAACGAUCAGCUGAUGGAGUGAUGGCAGGUGAGCGGCGACAGGGUGGACUUUAUUCCCGUAUUGUAUUGACUAACCAUGAAACCAAGGACAAAGGUGAAUCAUGAAGGAACUCUGAUGUCACAAGAGCUCGUCAGUUAACCCAGGAAGCAUUAUGAUAAGCAAUAAAGGAUGAUCCGGCGAGAACAGUACAAAGCACCCUGAUGUCUUACCUUGGCCGCCUUCCCUUCCCCUUAGGACCCAACCACUCACGAGGAACAAAGGUCAUAUCACAGAGUGUCUAACGUCUAAGGUAGAUCAGACCUAAAGCGCGUGUUCGUGAUGGCAAGAGGAGCAGUGGUCUGCCAGGGGAGGAAUGCAAGCUUUGGAAGUGCUCGCCGUAGCUUCCCUGUUAGCGGGCGACUGUCACCAGACGUCCUCCAGGGUGGGUGGGCCUCCAGCCAGCAGUACAAGCAGUGGCAUCUGGAAGGCACCGCGAGUAAGUGAGUGAGAAGCGGUGAGGCGAGGCACGCAGGAGGGAAGCACUCGUUCUUGGCCAUGGCGGAGGCAAAGAAGGACCUGCUGCGUCAGAUACCGCGCGUGAAGCUGUGGUUGGUGCUGACGCUAACUCUUGCCUUCUCCGCGGUACUGCUCGUGGCCGCCCACCUCACGCACUCCCUCACAUUGCGCGUCGAGGCUUACCAUACCCUGUACAACGUUCUCACCCUCUGUGGCUGCUUGUUGGCUAUGAAGGUGAGCUCCGGCCCCCAGUCGCUGCACAACACGUUCGGGUGGGCGCGGCUGGAGGUGCUGUCCAUGCUGUUCACUCUGCUCUUUCUCACCGCCCUUUGCUUCAGUGUGUCCAUCGACUCCGUGCAGACUGCCCUCCACGUGGGCCAUCAGGACGCCAUGCACCACCCCCUCCCCGUGAUGGCCCUGGGCGGGGUGGGGCUGGCUCUCAACGGCCUGGUCUUCUGUCUUAUUGGCGGCUACACGCACCACCAAGGCUGCUUCCUGGAGAUGCGGGACUCUGGCAGCGUGUGGGUCGGCAGGCAGGUGACGCAGGAGGCGGUGCAAGCAGGGCGGCGCACCCUCUCCAGCGACGCCUUGUCUCGGGGCAGGACUAAUAGGGCGCGGCAAAUCUGCAAAGAGGUGGUACGCGACACUUGUGGGCUGGUGAUCAUGGAGGUGUGUGCAGCACUGGUACACUGGGACAACGGCGGCGUGGUGGCGCUCUACAUAGAUCCUGCCCUGGCCGUCACCUCCGCGGCGCUCCUCAUUUGGCUCAGUCACCCCUAUGGCAAGGAGUGCUGCCACAUCCUGCUGCAGACCAUCCCGGGGCACAUCGACGUGGAGGACUUCCAGAGCCGCGUCAUGAAGGAGUUCCCGGCCAUUGUCAACGUCCACCACCUCCACAUCUGGACCCUCACGCCCAGCAAGGUGGUGGCGACGGCGCACGUGGUGUUUGUGUGUCCCCGCGUCUACCUCGCCACCAAGGCCGCCCUCAGUCAAUUCUUCUUGGACGAGGGCAUCACGCAUGUCACCAUCCAGCCAGAGUGUCUCACCACCAACACGGGCACGCUGGAGGACCCCUCGGCGUGCCUGCUGCGGUGCAAGUACGAACAAUGCUAUGAGAGGGAGUGCUGCCUGUCCUGCUCCCCGCACGCCCUUCUCUCCUCCGUCAGCAGUUCAGGAGGCACGCGACACAGGGACUCUGCAGGUGACGCUGGCUGUAGCGGUGUCUCGCCCCAUGAAUGCGAAUCCUUCAAGGAACAGGAGACACAAGGCGUAGGCGGCGAGAGUGAGGUGUGCGGCGCCGAAAGAACCCAGGCCUGCGAACCUGAGGGAGACACAGACGCGGCCACGGCACCACCAGACACAUCCGACGACGCAUUGGUGUCAAAAGGAACUAUGGCGCUACAAGACCUCGGUGCUGGGGCGUGUGAGGCCAGCCAGCCAGAGGAAGUCGCAAGUGGAGAGAAAGCAGUCGUGUUUGUUUCCGUGAAGACAGAAAACGGGGCAGAGAAGCCAUCGCAUCCGUCCCCCGCUCAAGAUGUCACGGUAGAGCAAGCGGACCAUCCCGGGGAGCAAGAUGGCGCUGCGAGAACCAGGGCGCGGAUCACUACUGCCGGAGUGUCGCCUGAUGAAGAACCCACGGACAGGACGUGUCUUUUGGAGCACCGCGGCUGAGGGAGGGAGUGCCUGGCGGAGGGCUGCAGGUACUCAGUAGAUAGCUUAGUGGAAAUCACGCGUAGUUCGUAGAUAAGUGGAUUUCUGUGUCACGAAAAUCUCAUCUUGGCGGAUAAAAGUUUAUGUAUGUGGUGAUUUACUUGAUGUGAUGUGUGCGGCUGUGUUGUGCGUCAGUGUCUGUGUUGACUGUGCGAGGCUUGCAUAAUGUGGAGCAGGACGGAGGCGGCGCACGGGAUUUGUAUGUGGUGUGUUGGAUGGCAGGCAAUGACGCAGUGAGGAAUGGUUACGACACUCUCUUUGUUUGCAUGACAUGGAGGCGAGGCGUGCCUGGCGUGCGUGGCGCCGCGGUGCUGUGUGCUGUGCUGUGCUGUGCUGUGUUGUGAUGAACCUCGUGGGCUGUGAGAGAAAGGUUGUGCUGCGCUAAAGGUGAAAGUUUUCUUCUAAUAAAUAUUAAACUUGGUCUUGAUAACGUAUGGUUACCACUGAGGUGUGUCCGGAGGAAAACGGCUUCCUCAUAUGUUACUAGGGAAAACGGGAAAUUCUAGUAGAUGUGUCCACCUUAAUGCUUCUUUUAUUGGCACUGGUGAUCUGAAUACGUUUUCCUUACCAUUAUACAAGUUUUAUUUUGAUAUACCGCAUUUUUCUUCAUACUUUCUUUCUUUCUUACAAUUUUGCCGUUUCUGUUAUGAUACAUGUGUAGAUUAAGAUGCUCUGACUCUGCCUUGGGGAAAAAAUGCAGUGUUUUCAAGACAACACCAAUAAGACUCCAUUCCCAGCUUGUGUUACAGUGAUGCAGGACUCGUGUGUUCUGAAACGCUUAGCUACAGGGAUGGUUUGUCAGGAUUCCAAACUGUUGUUUCCCAUUAGUUGCUCAGUUUUUCUUCACUCAGCAUUGACAUGGACACGCCCUUGAGAACCCAAAUGACUCACUAGAAGCUAAGCACUCGAGAUAGAUACUAUUUUCAAAGGCUACAGGGACUAUUAAUCAGAUUUUCAUGUUUGUUUUCCCCUAAGAAUGCUUAUUUUGUCUUCAGCUGCUACUAACUUCAUGAACACGUCCUUGAGAACCCUAAUAACUUUCAACAGAAGCGGUAUGGGGUCACGGCUUUUGAAAAUACGGUCCCAGCCUCACUAAGAGAAGUUGUGUUGCCUCUCAUGUUAUGUAAAUUCGUCGUGUGGUGCUGUACAAGAAGCUAAAUGUCUAAAUCAAUUCUAAUCCUUCCUCUACAUGCUGUCUGUGAAAAGAAAAAAAAGAAAAAAAGAAUAAAUAGAAAUAAAAGUAAAUAGGGGUAAUAAUAAACAAAAAUAGUAAAACAGAAUGAAAAUAGUUAAAUAAAUGAAUAAAUAAAUGAAUAGAUAAAUAAGUAGAUAGGCAGAAUUUCAAGAUUUCACAACUUGUAACUAACUGUAGACUAAGUCGGGGAAUGUCAAAUGUUUUAGGCUGCGUGUUAAUUGUAACAGCCUCUAGUGGAAAAGAAAGUAUCGAAUUUUCAAAGGUGUUUCCAUGAUUCUGGUUGAAGUUUAAUAAGGAUUCUGACUUAACAAUGGGGGAAAAAAAAUACAGGAAAAUCUGAUACAUCAUUUCUGUGGCUCGUGAAAAUUGCCAAUGAGAACCAAAAGUGCUUGAAAAUAAGAGCCAUAAGUUCCAGUAAGUGAUAAUGAGUGAUAAUGACAAGAGAUGUGGUGAUAAUGAUAAAUGAUGAUGAUGGUUGUAAGAAUGAUAAUAAUAAUAGUAGUGAUAAUAAUAAAAAUCAAAGGAAUAACAACAGUAUGGAGAAAGGAAAGUAAAGAAAAGGAGAAUAAUAAAAAAGUAGACGAAAAGGAUGGGAAUUUUGAUGCUGAUGAUAAAUGAUGAAGAUAAGAAUAGUAAUAAUGAUGAUGAUAAUAAUAAUAAUAAUAAUAAUAAUAAUAAUAAUAAUAGUAAUAAUAAUAAUAAUAAUAAAAACGGAUGAUAACAAUAAGCACAAAGGGAAGUAAACAAAGAAAAUAAUGAAAACGAUAGAAAAAUGAAUGGGAAGCAAAUCACUUUACUAGAAUAAGAAGAUUUUUCGGUCGACCUUCGCUUGUAUUUGUGUACGUCGCCUUUUCCAACAAGCAAUGAAUGAUAA